GGCCUUGUCGCACGCCAGUCUGCUUCUGACAUUCGCGCGUCGCGCUCGAUCGCCGCUUUUAUCGUCUGUGAUAUUACGAUUUUAUUGGCCAAAAAGGGCAACAGUGCCGAGAAGCGAACCAAAGCCGCUUAGGUUCAAAAAUAAAUAUAUAUAUAUAUAUUUUUCUGUUUCGAUUUUAGUCGUGCGAACUUGAGCUGGGAAUUAACAAACGCAAUGAAAACGAUAAAUCCCACAAUCGGUUUGCUGUUGCUGGCAACUUACCUUCCUUGCCUAUCCUGGGCAGCUCCCGUAGUCCACUUCAGUGAUCCAGAACCAGAUGAACUGGAGGCAUAUCCCACAUCGCCCACACAGGUGUUGCCCAUACAACCUGUGCUGAUUUACCCAAAACCCCGUGAAAAUCUCUACCAGGCGAGAACUCUAGGAGGGCGCAAUGACGACCAGGAUAUUAUUUUUGUGAAGCUGCUGCAGGAUAAGUCUAGUGGUUAUCGGCCAAAGCAGCAGCGCCUCGUCAUGGAGGAAACGAAAUCUUCGCAGCGAAAGAAUCUUGGGAUGAAAGACAUAUUCUAUGUUAAGGCUCUCACCAAUGGACGUUUCAGCCACGAACGCCUGAAGGUUUACCGAGUGCCCGAGUUCUACGCCAUUAGUGUUUUCAGCAACGGAGACAAAUAAGGGAAGACACCUUCAGGUGUUAACGAUAAAAAGGAGUAAUAUAAGUUAUUUUUAAGAUGCUAUAAAUAAAUAUAUCAGGAGUGCCGAA